UUCAAAACCAUUUUUAGCCCCACCCACAACCAUAUAGUAUUUAAAGAGAAAAUCUGUUUUCCUUAACUGUUCUCUUUGAUCUCAGAAGAUUCUCUACUCAUUAGAUAAUUAAGUUCUAAGACUCCAGUUAACAUCUGCUUAGUAAGAUGAAGCUGCUCCUGGCCUUAUACCUUUUGUCUUUCUUUUUCUACUCAGUGUCCAUGUUGCAAUGUUUGAAAUGCAAAAGUAAUUCAGAUCAGUGUAACGACACACUUACACAACAAUGCGGCCCAGAUGAAAUAUGUGGUACUGCUGCAUUGAAUUCAGUAGGACCGAAUGAGAAUAAAACUGAAGUAAUGCGGGAAUGUGUUAAACGAACAGUAUGCGAUCAACAUGACGCAGUUGGCAAAGAUGUGUUUACCACAAUAAAUGGUGGACUGGCAAAUGGCUCAUUUUACUGGUCCUGUUGUGAGUCUGAUAACUGCAACAACAUUACCAUAACAUUCCCUGAACCAGACACCAGGCCAAAUGGUCUGAUAUGUCUAACCUGCCUAAGCUCAGAAGGAUUUUGCAACUCUACCGUGCCAUGUGUGGGAAAUCAGGAUCAAUGUUUGAUAUUUAAAAUUACAUUUUUCCUGGAAAUGGAGAUGUCCACGGGGUGCAUCUCUAAAGCUUUAUGUGAUGUAUCUGAGAGCUUUUUUGGUCUAUUUAAAUGCUGUUCGGGGAACUUGUGUAACAAGAUGCAAAGUCUGGAUCACAGUACACCUCAGAAUUAAAAAAAAAAAAACAAUCCAAACAAUUUAACAAACAUUUUUUCCCCUUUUACCUUUUCUCCUCUUACUCAUAAAUUUCGCGAAUAUUUUAUGUUUGGUUGAGCUUAGCAUGUCAUAACUAAAGCAUAGAGUUGAAAGUCAAGCAUCAUAUUUAGUCCUCUAAAUACAAUAUAUUUGCUUGAAACGGCAUUAAAAUAAGUGUGUUGAUUUGAUGCUUAAAAGUGUUUCCAUUACCAGACAGCAAAAUAUGGAAUACAAUGUUCUGUUGUUGUUGUGGCAUUUGAUGCAUAAAGCAUAUUUCAUUAACCCUUUA